GUUUAAAUCAGCAAGGCGAAAGACAUGCUGUACUCUUCAUUUCCUGUUGAUCAAGUUACUUGUAAAGUGUAUGAAGGAACAAAAUACUUUUUUUGUAUAAAAAUGUUUUUGACACCACUCACUUCACUUCUACUUUUCCCGUAGAGCAGCAAACACUAUUCAAUAAAAUAUACUGAACAGGUAGCGCAUGUUCGACUGAAUUGACGCUUAAUAAAAUCCCACAGUGCACUGAAUGCCGAGAAAGUUGAUCACUAAACACAUCGGUGGUUGACUGAAGAAAGUUUAUCAUCUUAGGCGGAUUGUUGAGAGGGUGAUGUCAUGUGUUAUCGGUUAGAGGAGGCGUUUUGCGACGAGUGGCGCGCGGACCGCCACAAACAGACGCAAGCUGAGCCAAGAUGCAGGUGCGGCUAUGGGUGGCGCUUUUCUCCGUGCUGGCGGCGGCACAGGCCGCGAGGAUCCUGGUAGUUCUCCCAACUAACACAAGGAGCCACUACGCUAUGUAUGGGAAGCUAGUAGAAGCGCUAACGAAGAAACGACACCAUCUCACCGUCAUAAGCCAUUUUCCCAUGAAAAAUGCACCGCCUAACCUUGAAGAAAUAAGUCUCGCUGGGACAAUACCAGAUAUAACGAACAACCUCACUAAGCAACAUUACUCUUGGAAGCCAGACAUAGUCAGGAACUUAGAAAGCAUCAUGACUGAAUGCGUACAUGCCUGCGACGUCGUCUCUAAAAUACCUGCUGUGAAGGCACUGGUAAAUUCGACAGCAGCGUUUGACUUAGUAAUAGUUGAAAUCUUCGGAAGCGAAUGUUUCCUUCCUUUAGGACAAAGAUUUCAAGCUCCAGUCGUUGGGCUUUUAUCAAGUGUGCCUCUCCCUUGGCUUAACGAACAACUGGGCAAUCCAGAUGCCACAGCUUAUGUGCCAGCUUACAUGACAGGCUUUGGACAACACAUGACCCUAUGGGAGAGAUUCUCCAACACGCUUUCUGUGAUCGGGGCGAAGAUUUUGUAUAAAUACAAGUCCCAGCUGCCUUCUCAAGCGAUAGCUGAUAGACUAUUUGGGCUCGGAAAUAAGUUGGAGAGUUUAGCACAAAAUUAUAGUUUAGUUAUAUCCAACAGCCACUUCAGCAUUAACGAAGUUCGUCCCGUGGUUCCAGGCUUUAUAGAAGUUGGCGGGUUGCACUUAGACGAAACUCAAAAACUUAGCAGAGAAUUGAAAUCUCUUCUGGAUGCAUCACACGAAGGAGUGAUUUAUUGGAGUUUUGGAUCAAUGUCACGAAUAGAAACCAUACCGAGCGAGAAAUUGGCGCAGAUCUUCGAAGCAAUAUCUGAACUCAGCCAGACGGUGCUCGUGAAAAUGGAUCGUAAAAGGCUUGCGGCAAAUUUGACUGUGCCUGAUAAUGUAUACACUAUGGAUUGGAUACCACAGUACGCUACACUAUGUCAUCCUAAUGUGAAAUUGUUCGUCUCCCACGGAGGUUUAUUGGGAACUCAAGAGGCAGUGGCGUGCGGGGUGCCGAUGUUGACAGUACCUCUAUACGCUGACCAGGCGCUGAACGCACGCUCAAUGAGCGACCGAGGCGUGUCCAGGACCGUCCUGUUGAGAAACACUAGCAAACUCACAUGGAGAGAGGCCCUUCACGACUUGCUGACGAAUAUGAAGUACAAAGAAAACAUGUUGAAGUUAAGAGAAGUAUUUCUCGAUAGGCCUAUGCCACCUUUGGAGACAGGCAUCUACUGGAUCGAGUACGUCCUGCGACAUAAAGGCGCGCCUCAUCUCAAGUCCCCAGCACUCGAUUUAACACUGCCACAAUAUCUCCUACUAGACGUAGCUGUUCUCAGCAUAGCUAUAGUUGUUAUGACCACCUAUAUACUCCACAUACUUUUCAGAUAUCUUUGCACAAGGUGUAUUAAAUGGUGCCCUAAUGAAAAUCUCCUAUCCGAAAAAAGGAUUAGAAAUUUUAGUGUAUUCUUAUGUUUACUAUGGAGGUAUAAACCAAAAGCUCAAUGAUAUUUUGGUCUUAAGUAACUGUAUUAUAUAGAUGUAAAUAACUAUGUUUAAGG